CAAAGGCUCUUAUAAGAGCCACCAAUUUUGCAUACAAAGAGCCGACGGCCAUUUUCUUUUCUAGCUUCAUUUCAUGUCUGUCUUUGUGCGCCAUAUAGGGGGUCGAACUUUUAAUAGUCUGGCAGCUGUAUAUGCCUCAAGUAUUUGACGGAAUAUGCCUGAACCAGCGAAAUCCGCGCCGAAGAAGGGCUCCAAGAAAGCGGUCACUAAGACCGCUGGAAAGGGAGGCAAGAAGCGUAAGAGGACCAGGAAGGAGAGCUAUGCCAUCUACGUGUACAAGGUGCUGAAGCAGGUCCAUCCCGACACCGGUAUUUCGUCCAAGGCUAUGGGCAUCAUGAACUCUUUCGUGAACGACAUCUUCGAGCGCAUCGCCGGAGAGGCUUCCCGUCUUGCCCACUACAACAAGAGGUCAACCAUCACCUCCAGGGAGAUCCAGACUGCCGUGCGCCUUCUGCUCCCUGGUGAGCUGGCCAAGCACGCCGUUUCUGAGGGCACCAAGGCUGUGACCAAGUACACCAGCUCCAAGUAAAGUGCUCUGCUGGAGAGCUCAACAACCAACGGCUCUUUUAAGAGCCACCCACUUAUUCUGAUGGAAAAUGGGCAAUUUGUUUUCCUUUUGGUUUCUAGUCAAUGGUAACUAAAUAUUGUUAUCCUUCCAAAUCCCGUUUUGGUUAGGAAUCUUAAGUCUAAAAUGUGAUAAGGAAUGAUUAUAGGUUGUGUUUUCUCUUCAAUGUGUGUUUUGUAAUAAACCCGUGAAAGAGAA